GGCGCCGAUCCCUUCUUCAUGUUUGCCAGGUGCUCGACCCUCCGCCCGACCAGACACGCUCUCCACCUUCCUCGGGCACAACCUGCUCGUCCUCGCAAAUUCACUGCGUCUGCCAUACAAACACUUACAGAUGGAUUCCUGGACCUUGCUAUUGCGCUCCCGUAUCCCGCCAGUCUGCCACCGUACUCCACUACGAUCAUCCUUGUGACGGUCGCAUCGCGUCUCAUUUUCACUGUACCAUUCUCAGUCUGGGCAAAGAACCGGCAAUGGCGAGCGGAGCACGUCGUGAUGCCUCAGGUCGAGCAAGAAAUCCCGGAACUUAACAAGCAAGCUAUUGCUGACAUGAAGAAAGAUGGCUACCGGGGCGAGCUUGAAGUCGCGCGAAAAGAGCGCAACAAAAGGCUGAAGGUGUUGGCGGACGCACGCAAGAAAGAACUGCUGGUGAAGCAUGGCUGCACGCCCCUCCCAACCAUGCUCAUCCCUCCUAUCACGCAAUUACCGCUAUUCGUUGGUUUCACCGUGAUCCUCAGCAGGGCAUCGCAAGCACCGACGGGCUUCGACUCCGAGUCGUUCCUCACACUGACUUCGCUGUCACACUCUGAUCCUACCUUGGCAUUGCCCAUCGUCGUUGGCCUUGUCACGCUCAUGCAAGUCGAGAGCACCCGGUGGUUCGCGAGCGCAGCUGCGAUGCAGAGACAAGCAAAGGUUGCCGAAUGGGUCGCGGCGCGGCGUGCGAAGGGCGAAGCGGUGCUAGAGCCAGGCAAAAUAGUACAGUCAGGCUUGAGGGGAUUAUCAGUCGCUCGUAUCCUCAUUGCAGCCGUCGUACCGGGGAGCGUCCAGGUCUACUGGGCCACCUCUGCCGUCUUUGGUCUCGUACAGUCUUGGGUCCUGAAUGCGUGGGAUGCGCGGAGAACCAGACGAGAUCGCCAGUCGUUGCCCCCUCAAGAGAACGCUAGUGCGAAGUCGAGUAAUCCUUGAAGUUUGUGGGGCAUCCGUCGUGUCAGCCACGCAUUGGUACCACGUCAACCGCGUCCAGAGCAUUCCACCAAGGUGA